AACAAGAACACACGCACGAACAUACUGGGACAGCUUACGUUUCUACCUGUUAAAGAUGACCACCGUAAUCAAAGUUGUUCUGAUCUUUGCCGCGUUUGUUGUGACGGCAGAAAGCCACGAGGAAUGCACCGCACUUAAGGAAUGCGUGACUCCUGGCAUUAAACAAUUCUUGCCUCGUCCAUACUACUACAUAGACAGUAAAACACUGGAAACAUUUUGUAGUGAAUUGAAUGAUUACAUCUAUUGUGUGAACGCCAUUGCAUGGGGCUGUGAUGAUGAUUCCAUUGUGCAUUAUCAUGAGGAGACAAUUACACGGGGAAAGUAUGUCUGCACCAGUUCUGUGAAAAAAGCUGUUGACGAUUUGACUGCUUCACGAUGCCUAACUGAUAAGAAGAAGAAGGAAGAAGUUGAACAUGCAAUAGAUUAUUGUUCGUGGAUUAGCUAUAUCUAUCCUUACAAUCUCAUUGAGGACGUGUGCCACCUUGGAUCACUUAUGCAGAGCUGUUAUGAAACAAAGUUGACUGCUUUUUGUGGUAGAGCUGGAGGGGACUUCUACAGCAGGCUAAUCUGGGAAGAGUUGGAGGGACCAUUUUUUGAUUAUGACUGUAAAUUGGAGGAGGAAAACCAUAAAGUAAGCUGGAAAAAAUGUAAUCUACUUACUGAAUGCUUGGAGCAUAAGAUAUUCAACUCUAUAAAUGAAUUUUACUACUUCAUCGACAAUACAACACUCGCAGCCUUUUGUGAUGAAUUGAAUACACAUACCGAUUGUCUGACAAAACACAAAGACUGUGGCAUUAGCGAGAUUGUGAAUUCCUAUGAGAAUGAUGUUACAAUUGGAAAUUAUUUCUGCACUGAUGAAGUGAAAAAAGCUGUUGAAGCUCUGACAGCCUCACAAUGCCUCAUCGAUAAGGAAAAGAAACAAAAGGUAGAAAAAGCGAGGAGGACGUGUUAUAAUACCGGCCGACGUUAUGAAACAAAUGACAAUGAAGCAAGGUGCAGUUUUCUGAACAGAAAGAAGGACUGUUAUGAGCUGGAACUGACGGCCGUUUGUGGUAAAAUUGGAGGGGAAUUCUACAGCACAUUAAUCUUUGAGCAUGAGGAAGGAGACUAUUACCACAAGAAUUGUAUUAGGAUCGAGCUUGCAACAGAACAUUGGUACGUUUUGACAUCUACUCAGGUGAAAGGAGAAUCCUAUGUGUGCGGUAUGUGCUAG